AUGAGUGCCCCCUGGCUAAAAAAUUUCCUUGGCUUGAAGCAGUCGGAUUUUGAAAUGCUGAGAGUUCCUAACCCACGUCUGGAAUAUAGUGUCCAGGUAACCAUUAGAACAACAGAGGUAGGAACUCUGAUUGGUAGCGUUAUGGGGCCUUUGUUAACAUUUAUAUGGAACAGAAGGCCAUCAGAUGCUCAAAUUAAAGAGAGCUUUACUCAAGGUGGUUUAACCGGAGCCCUUGUUGGUUGUCUUGUCGGUGUUAUAUACUCAUCGUACAAAUCUGGUCAUUUGUACGAUUUUCAGUUAUACGAUCGGUGUUAUCGCCGCCGAUUUGAUGCUAAAGAGAUGAAUCUUGAUCGUGUUUGCACACUAGGAGCCGUGCUUGGUACCAUGGGGUGUGGUGGGUUCGGAUAUGUUGUUGGUGUUGACGCAGCUUUCCUCCUUUCCCAAGCCUUUAAAAGGAAGGAAUAA